AUAGCUUAAUUCCACAUUUUACCAAUCCAAGCCCAAUUAUUAAAGCCCAUCUCACAUGCCCAAUAAUCAAAACCUAACCAAAGAAACCUAGCUAAGGAAACUUAUUAUCUCUUUCUCACAAAUCUCAGACUAUUUUUCACCGCCACCACCAUCACCAUCACUCUGGCGACAUACAUCAACAAUGCUCUCUUCUCACAAAAAAUCACAACACUCCUGCAAAAUCUCCUCGAUUCCGAAAAUCCAGACGCUUGUCAUGAUGGUUUAGUCAUAUCUUCCCACUUUACGCUUCUCAAAGAUUGGCAGUGCUUCUACCACAUUAAUGAGAGAUCGGAACCCGUUGUUUCUCGAAGACGUUCCCGAAGGUUUUCUAGAUCUCCACGACGAACUAAUUGCUCGGAAGUGCGAUUGGACAAAACACUUCUCCCAGGAAAGAAUUGAGAGAGCCUUGCGUUUGCUGCACGGAGCUCCCUGCCAGUCUUCUUCCGAAUCGUCCGAUCAUCGCCUAGAUCAUCUUAUCGAGAUGCAGGGCGCUGCGCAGUCUCUGAGAGCCAGGAAAGCUGCUGAAAAGAAGGCGGCUAAGGAAAAAGCUGUUUUGGAGGCAAACUUCAGACCUCCUACUCCUCCCGAGGCCAACCCUGAGGUCGUUGUUGGUGCCGAGGCAACUGAUGAAGCUCGGGAUAUGGUUUUGAUCGUUCCCGAGGUGGCCGGGCAUAUCUCCCCUACGACCGAUGUCCCCGAGGUGGUAGGGGCUCUGGUCAUUGCUGCUCUAGCCGCCGAGGCGAAAUCCAAAACUAGGGGAAAAAGACCCCGAGGUGAUGGCUCGGGAGUUUCUAGGAAGGAGAAAAGGAGUCGUAGCGAAACUCCAGUGUACAAGGACAAGAUCGCUUUGGCGAAUUUUGUCGCUUCUUGCUCGGGUCCGCCACUGUCUGCUCCCGAUGCCUUGUUGGAGGCUCAAAACUACCGUGAAACCGCUGCUGGAUUCCUGAAGGCCUUCCAUUCGAUGAAUUCCAUGGUUCGGGCCUAUGAUUUUGGAGCUCGGAAGUCCGAGAUGGCCCGUGAGAGAUCGGAGACAUCCCGAGCUGAGGUCGAAGCUAGGUUGUCCGAGGCGAUCGCGGCUAAACAAGAAGCUGAGGCGUUGGCCAAGGCCGAGAAGGUGGAGCGAUUGAAAACUUCUGAGGAUAGCCUGCGGACUCAGAGAAAGCUUGAGGCCGAGGUUGCAGGACUCCAUCGGUUAUUUACUGAAGAGAAGGCUCUCCGGGAAAAGGAGAUUGUUAGAGAACGGAGAGCAGCCAAAAGGGAGUUUGCCGAGAAGGUCAAGGCUAUCGAGGCGAAGAUGGACCAGUUCGGGAAGGUAUCCACGCGCUACAUGUACUUGGUGCAAGCGCGGGCCAAUGCCGAGCUGAUAGCUGAGCUGGAGGAAGGGAAAAAGGUAGAAGAUGAGAAGGCCGAGGUCCUUCAAUGGACGACUGAGUAUGGGGACGCCGAGGAUGAGUACGUCCGUCUCGGAACCGAGCUGCGAGAGGACUUGAAGCUUCCUCCAGUUUCCCCGGACUUUGUCGACGAUAGCUUCGGGAACCGUUCGAUCGAGGGUGCCGCGCCUGCGAUAGGUGUUGCCGACCAGUUGGGUUCGAACCGAGGUACCGAGGUAGCUCAAGUUUCACCGGUUAACCAAGACUCGAUCUGAUCCCGAGAUGUCUUUUUAUUCUCUCUUUUGCCCUUUUUGU